AUGGCUCGGGAACGACUGGGUCCAGCACAGCAACAACGGGGUCCACGUCAGGAGCAUCCGGAUCCACUGUCUCUUCUCUCACAGCACGACCAGCACUUGCAGCAGUGGCAGCGGCAUUUAGACCGAGCCGUUUUCACUCCGCUCACUGACCCCACGCAACCGCUUGCUGUGCUAAGUAAAACACUUCAAAGUUCUCCGAAAGUUCCGCUGCUGGUGGCGGUGGAUGGGCGCGUGCCAGACGCAGUGGCGGGAGGGGCGUGGGAGCAGGCGGGGGGAAGGAUGGUGCGCGUGACGUGGCGGAAAGCAGAAGGAAGGGAAGCGGGGAAGGGGGGGGAGAUGGAAGGGCGGGGAGGGGAUCAGGGAGAGGGGGGAGAGGGUAGGGAUAGGGAAGGGGUUCAGGCAGGGGAUGGGGACACAGGGGAUGUUAGCCAGAGGGAGAAGGAGAGCGUUGGAGCAGGGGAAGAGAGAAGGGUGGAAGGGGGAGGCAUGAGGAGGCGGUUAGGGGCCUUGAAGAAGCGGAAGUGGAACGUCAGUCUAGUGAAGGCGCGCACCGGCAAUACCAACAGUCGCUGCUCCUGUGCCAGCCUUUCUACUGCCACACACUCAUCUUCUCACUCAUAUUCUUCCUCUGGCCUCACACUCAUCUUUUUUCCCCUCCCCAAUGCAGCUCACCAGCAAUACCAUCAGUCGCUGCUCCACCCAUCCUCCACUCCCUACUCCUCCUCCUCCUCCUCCUCCUCCUCCUCCUCCUCCUCCUCCUCCUCCUCCUCCUCCUCCUCCUCCUCCUCCUCCUCCUCCUCCGCCUCUGCAUCCCCAUCGUCCUCUCCCCCCUCACUCGCCUCCCCAUCGUCCUCUUCUCCCUCACUCGCCUCCCCAUUGCACCCCUUGAGGGCUGUCAUGGCUUCUAUAAGAGCCGACCUGCGGCGGUUGCAGCAGCAGCUGCAGGCGCAGUGCAGAGUUGAUGCGAGAGCCUUACCGCUGAGAAUGGAGGAGCGGAGCAAGCUGAUGAGAGAGGCGGGAUGUGGGAGCAAGGUACUGGGGGAGAGAGGCGUGGGAAGAGGGUUAGGUGGUGGGGGAGGAGGAGUAAGAGAAGGAGGAGGGGAAGGGGAUGAAGGAAGGCAAGAGGAGGGAAGUAAGGAGGAACGUAAGGAGGGAAGGCAGGGGGAGGGCAAGGAGCGGGCAAGCGAGAGAAGCUCGUGGUGGUGCAGCGGGCAGGAGACCGGCAGGGCAGCUCGCACCUGCAUGGGGCUGAGAGCCCCUUCCCCUCUUGCACGACUCUCCCCACACCUCUUCCCCUCCUCCCCCCCCGCUGUCUCCUUCCUCCUGCAGUAUUUUCGCCAGCCUGGCAUGAUUGCGGACCUGCUCGCCCGCCCCCAUAACUGCACCUGGGUUCCGAGGGCUGGGGGAAAGGAGAAGGGGAGGAGAAAAGGGGAGGUGGGUGGAGUAAAGGGUGCUGGGAAGGGGGAGUUUGGGCGAGGAGGGAAUGUUAGGGUGGUAGAGAUGUUGGUGCAUGCGGAUAGUCCUGAGGAGUGGAAGGAGUGGAGGGAGUACUGGUGUGGGAGGAAGCCGCUCACCAACCCUGCCGACCCUUCUGCCCCUGCCGGUGCUGCCGGUGCUCUUUCCACUGCCAUUGCAAGAAGAAACAGCAACAGCAGUGCAAGCAGCAGCAGCAGCAGCAGCAGCAGCAGCAGCAGCAGCAGCAGCCGCAGCAGCAGCAGGGAGUGUCCAGGCAACCCCUACUUCCACCUGCAAGUCACCUUCGACCACAACGCCCAUGAGAUCCGCGGCUUGAACACCCACGCCAAAACAGCCCGCGGUAAUGUGGUAACCCUGUUACAGGACGAUGACCUGCUGCCGUGGGACUGCAGCUGGCUUUGGCGCAUCACCCAUGAGAUGGACGCACGCCCGCUAGUCGCCGCUGUGGGCUAUAGGACCGGGAAAAUUGAUGUGGAUGGGAGCAACUGGGGUGCGCCCCUGACCUGGUACAGGUUCGGGGGAUGGCUGUGGACCCACCCGUCCUACGACCCCCGAACCAGCCUACGGGGUUUUUUCGCGGGUGUGGUGGAUUUUGCUCCGUUUGUGAUGCGGCGGGAUGUGUUUUUGGCGCUAGGGGGGCUUGAUGAGGGGCUGUCCGCGCGGGGGGAGUGCGGGAUUAUCACCGAUUGGCAUUUUACUUAUCGGAUCUGGUUUGCUGGUUACCAGGUUAUGAAUGUAGCGUGGGAUCCUCCGGAGAGUGGGAUUGGGAGGGGAGUGGAAGGCGGCACACAUGCGGGCGUGAGAUUGAGCCUACGGCACCUGCAUUUUCUGAUCAAUGAUGGGCAGAUGAGAAGGCACCAGGUAGAGGUGCUGAAUGCGUGGCAGCAGAGGGAGGUGAAGAGGGUGAAUGUAAUGUUUCGGACAUUAGAUGUGUGGGAGUGA